AUGCCGUCUGUAUUCUUAGUAGGCCCUGGCUUGAUUGGCGGAGAGGUACUUGACCUUCUGAUUAAGGGCGAAAAAUAUAAUAUCACAACUCUCGUGCGCAGAGAAGCCGCCUGUCCGGCCUUCCACGAGCUCGGGGUACAGACUGUGCUCGGGUCUUUGAGUGACAAAGAUGUGAUUGCAACGCAAACAGCCGCUAGCGACAUCGUCAUCCACACUGCCACUGCCGACGACUUGCCCUCCGUGCAGGCCAUUCUGGAAGGCGUGCGAGAACGCACCCAGCGCCGGCAGCAAACUAUCUACAUCCACACGAGUGGUGCAAGUCUCCUCGGUGAUAAUGCGGAGGGUUCAUACAGGAGCGAUUUUAUCUUCGAUGAUGAGAACCCGAGCUCUAUUGACGCGCUGCCAGACGCCGCAGCUCACUGA